CACUGCAUUUAGGUGGCAGCACCUCAGGUAGCUCUGGCUCUGUUGUUUUCCUAGACGAAGACAUUAGAAUAUAUAAAAAUCUGCAUGAGAGGAGGGAAUUUGGGAGCUGUUUUAGAAAUCAUCCACAAUGAAAACCAAGAUGACAGCUAUGCACUUGGUAGCUGCUCAAAGACUUUCUUCUUUACAUUUACAUUUAAGGAAAAAAUAAGGAGGCAAGUCUUGCCCACUCAUGUCUCUUCUAGAUGUAGCUAUGCUCUGCUUUUCCGAGGUAGGGUGUGAAUUCUGAGGUACCUCUGGGCCAGGGUACAGGUAAGACUGCCGCUCUGCGGGCCUUGCCCCAACCCUGACCCUAGCCAUGUGGAUCAAGUGGAGAUCACACUGCAUUUUUUUUUUAAGAUUUUAUUUAUUUAUUUGAGAGAGAGACAGUGAGACAGAGCAUGAGAGGGGAGAAGGUCAGAGGGAGCAGAUUCCCCAUAGAGCAGGGAGCCUGAUGCGGGACUCAAUCCCAGGACUCUGGUAUCAUGACGGGAGCCAAAGGCAGUCGCUCACCCAACUGAGCCACCCAGGUGCCCCUGGCUAUGAACUCUCUUAAGCAUCAUGAACCCUUCUGAAAACCCAAAGCUAUGAAUUCUCCUGUUCUAAUCUCACCCCCAUUAAAAAAUAGGACCAGAAGAAUACAUUUUAUGUACAAAUUCCUGGGAGUUAGAGACACUACUCCAACCACCAAGCCCAUCCAAGAAGCCUAGGUUAAGAAUUCUUGUGUAGAGGGUGAACCAAGAUGGUCCAACCACCAUGUGGGAAAGAUGUUGCCAUGGCUAGGGGAGGCUUGAGAGCAACCCCGUCGUUCAGGACUGUAAGCUCAGAGAUUCUGAAGUCCUUGUGCGGCAGCCCACUCUUGAUUUUCACCUUGAGGCUAAAACCUAACACCAGCCGACCAGAAAUCCCCUGAAGGGUCGUACUGUGAAACAUCCUCUGUGUGUGAAGCAUCCGCCGUCCUUGAAGUAUGCCCGGUGCUUUCUCUCGGAGCUCAUCAGAAAGCACGAGGCUGUCCACACGGAGCCUUUGGACGAGCUGUACGAGGCAUUGGCAGAGGUCCUGAUGGCCGAGGAGCCCACCCAGUCCCACCGGAGCUAUCUGCUGCCUUCCGGAGACUCAGUCACACUCUCGGAGAGCACAGCCAUCGUUUCCCAUGGCACCACCGGCCUGGUCACGUGGGACGCCGCACUCUACCUUGCAGAAUGGGCCAUAGAGAACCCGGCUGCCUUUGCUCACAGGAUUGUCUUAGAGCUCGGCAGUGGAGCUGGCCUCACGGGCCUGGCCAUUUGCAAGACAUGCUGUCCCAGCACGUACAUCUUCAGCGACUGUCACACCUGUGUCCUUGAGCAGCUCCGAGGAAACAUCCUUCUCAAUGGCCUCUCAUUGGAACCAGAUACCACUGACCCUGCAAGGCACCCAGGACAUAACACCUACAACUCAGAGAGCCCCAGGGUGAUGGUGGCCCAUUUGGACUGGGAUGUUGUGACAGCCCCUGAGCUCGCUGCCUUCCAGCCAGAUGUAAUCAUAGCAGCAGAUGUGUUGUAUUGCCCAGAAACUGUCCUCUCCCUGAUCAGAGUCCUACAGAGGCUCUCUGCUUGCCUGAAGAAACAGCAGGCUCCUGAGGCCUACAUUGCCUUCACCAUCCGCAACCCAGAGACCUGCCAGCUGUUCACGAGCGAGCUGGGCCAAGCUGGGAUCCCAUGGGAAGCAGUGCCUCAUCACAACCAGAAGCUGUUUCCCUACGAAGAGCACUCAGACAUGAAAAUUUUGAAAUUAAUGCUGUAGGUUUACAAACGUUUUUAAAGAUCAACAUGAAAAUUAAAUCACCAUCCUGGAAAGAAUUUUCAUGUGGCAAAGCUGAUAAAAUUUUCACUGGACUUGAAUGCUUGAAGAAUGUUAAAUUCAGAAUCAGGACUGCAAACUGUGUUCUAAUAAAAUAUAAACUAUUCAA